AUGUGCUCACACUCAAUUUACAAUGUGUACGAUUUGAGUGAGUUGAGACUGAUAUUUGAACUGACUCAGCCUUCUAGGAGGAGAGUGGAAGCAGAUGCUGAACCUCAGCCUUGUAGUGUGGGGGUCUGUGCGGCUCUCUCAGGUUUUCAUACCUUGAUGUUGGAAGACUUAUCACUGUACUGUUAUAUGUUCAGGACUAGUACAUCAGUCCAGAAUCUUGUCCAACAGUUGUAUAAGUUCAUACUGUAUAAAAAUCCAGAUCCUAGGAAAAUGCAGAUCAUGUUGACUGGUUUCCUGAAUGGUAAGAAUGCCAGAAUCUUUAUGGGAGAACUAUGGGACCUCCUGAUCUCUGCCCAAGCAAGUCCAUCAGGUAUACCCAAACAGUUCCUAGAUCAGAAGAAAGAAGAACUGAAAAAGAAAAUGGAAAAAGAUAAAGAGAGGGACCGAGAUCGUGAUAAAGACAGAGAGAAGGAUCGCAGAGACAGGAGAAGUCGUAGCAGAGACAGAUCGUCACGUGGGUCACGAAGGGACAGGUCACGUUCUCCUCGUUCAAAGGAUGACAAGAAGGAUUCCAAAAAGGAGUCUUCAAGGUGGGACAAGAAGGAUGAAUCAAGUAAGAAUAAAGAAGAAAAGAAAGAAACUAAUGGUGAUGUUUCAGCCAAGGAAAAGUCUGCAGCUACAAAAUCCCCGAAACAGGACCCUUCUUCGCCUAAGCAGGAAGCUACAGUCAAACAAGAAAAGCCAGAGAUUUCUCCAAAGAAAGAGCGUAGUGAGAGGGACAGAGACAGAGGGGAAAGAGGACACUCAAGAGACAGAAAAAGUAGAAGAUCAAGAGGAAGAUCACCAAAGAAAGAGGAAGACAGGAGGCGCAGAGGCUCUUCGAGAAAGCGUUCUCCUAGUCCUCGCAAGCACUCACCCCUUGUGCGCAAACGAUCACCCAGCCCUCGCAAACGAUCGGCUAGUCCACGCAAGAGAUCACCUAGUCCAAGGAAAAGGUCAGCCAGUCCUCGCAAGAGAUCUCCUAGUAUCCGAAAGCGUUCAGUUAGUCCACACAAAAGGUCGUCAUCUCCUAGGCCCAAGAUACGGAGGAGAACACGCUCUCCAAGCUCAAAUUCAGAGUCUUCCAGUUCUCGAUCACGCAGUCGCUCUGCUCCAAGAAACAAGGAAGAUGAUUUUGAGAUACAUCGCAAAGAAGACUCGGUUCUCAAAAAGCGACAGUACAGGUCAAAUCGAGACCCGUCAAGUUCAGAAGAUGAGGGACAAGCCCGUAACUUUACUGGUGACCAUAGAGGGGCCGGGUCUCCACGGCGUAGGUCACCCCCACGUUAUAAGAGGUCUCCCUCACCACCCAGACGGGGAAGAAGAUCACCCUCUCCUAGAUAUCGUCGCAGGUCACCCAGUCCCCGUCGACAUUCCCCAAGCCCAAGAUUUCAUAGGAGGUCCCCUAGUCCUCGUGGUAGGAGGUCUGUGAGUCCAAAGGGCAGCCCAAGAAUGCGGAGGUCACCAAGUCCCAGAGGCAGAAUGUCACCAAACAUGAGAAGAGGCAGAUCACCAAGCCCUCGGAACAGAAGGUCUCCAAGUCCUAGAGGUCGAAGAUCCAUUACUCCACGAGGGAGGAGAUCGUCCAGCAUUAGGGGAAGAAGAUCAGUCAGCCCAAGAGGAAGACGUUCGCCUAGUCCAAGAGGGAGGCGGUCAUCCAGUCCACGUAGACGGCCUAUGUCUCCUCCUCAGAGAUAUCGCCGAACACACUCGCGAUCACCAGUCCGUAAGAAGCAUGGCAGCGCAUCUCACUCUCCUCGUAGGGGUGGCCCUCCUCCCCCAGCAGCUGCAGACAAAAAACACAAUAUAAGCAAUGCUAGUCGACUGAUGCAGCUUGCCAAUUACUCAGCAGACACAAUCAAGGAAGUCCAAUAUAAGCUUACAAAGAAGAAUGAGAAUAAUCAUCCUGCUUCUGGCUCUGACGAAUCUGAUAGUGACGACGGCAGAAUGUCCCGUAGAGUUCCGAAGAGGAGAUCGCGAUCUGCAUCGGUUUCUCAGUCUCCACGGCAGAGGAGGAGAAUGGACUCAGGAUCAGUAGAUGGAUCAGAGGAGGAGGAAGAGGAUGAGGGAUCUUCAAGCAGAGAAUCAUCUCCUGUUGAAAAGAAAAAGAAGAAGAAGAAGAAGAAGCACAAGAAGAAGGAUAGCAGUAGUGAAUCUGAGGGAUCUGAAACUGAAGAAAAGAAGAAAAAGAAGAAGGAAAAGAAGAAGAAACACAAGAAACAUAAGAAGCAGAAGAAGCAUAAAAAACACAGACAUGAGGAGUCAGAGAGUGAAUCAGGAGAGAGCAUGGGAGGGGAAGAGUUGGAACGUAAGCUUCGAGAGAAGGCCCUCCUUUCCAUGAAGCGUCAAGAGAGAUCAUCUGCUGCUUCAGAGUCAGAGUAGAAAUAAAGUAGAUUUUGUACUCCCAGAUUUGCAGUGUGUAUGGCCAUACAGUGUUAAGCAGCAGUGGUGUUGUCUGUUCAGAACUCCUGAGUGUGUAUGCAAAAGAGGAAUGUGUAUGGUCAUGCAAUGCCAAGCAGCUUUUGUGUUGUCAUGUACAUAACUGUGUGUCUGAAGAAUUAUUACAGAUUAAUGUAUGAUGCAUAGAAAUGCAAGUAUUCUUAUGUUGUAAAUGAAACUGGUAAAGUACUUAGUACUUAUUUGCUGCAUAAAGAAAUAUAAGUUUUGUGAUUUUACACUUUGGUAUACAAGAAUAUCAGUGAAAGGCCAAACAUUGUAUACAAAUUUAUUCUUUUUCUAAUUGGAGUCAAGCGUUUGAUAGAGUGUAAGGAAUAAGUAAAUAUUGACCUCAUGUAUGUAAAGUGCUGUAUAUGGAUAUUAUUGUACUGCAGUUUCUACUGUAAUGUUUACUUUCAUAAAACGAAUUAUUGCUGAAAGAAAUUAUGAAAGUGAAAAAAAAAUCCAUUUCAGCAAAAGAAACACAUUGAAAUGUAAGUGUAAUUAGGAAAUGUUAAAAAAGUGUGAACUGAUUAUAUGGUCAAGUUAGUGGAAAGUUCUCAUUUGUAAUGCUGUGUACAGUAAACUUAUGAAAAUGUGUUUUAUUGUCAACUGUAAUGCAGUAUUAUUAUAAAGGUUUCAACCCCUGUAAUUCACUUUGACCUCAAAUUUUGUAGGUCUUUAUUUUUAUUGUUAUGCAAGUACAAGAGAAAUGUAAUUAAUUCAUUUUUAGUUAUUGACUGCAUUUGUAAACCAUAUGCAAACCGUAUGAGGUGUUUGAGUUAGGUGUAAAAAAUAUGGUAUGGAAAAUAAAGAUUUUUUUAAUAGUAA